AUGGGUUGGCUCCCGGUUACCGUUUUGUGCCACGUUUUGCUGUUGCACGGUGUUUGUGCGGAUUUCGGUCUUCCCGACGGAGUUCCGGACUCGUGGAUGGUCGAGUUCAACGCCGUGCAACUGCGGGAUGCGUUGAACGAAGUGGCUGGUUCGCUGCAGAGAAUACCGGCGGUGUUAUACUCGGAAAGGGUCCAAGAAUCGGCCAAGAUCAUCACGGAGCUGAUGAACAAUGUCUUCAAGUGGGGAAUUGAAAGUAACUCCGCGAUUAUCAAGUAUCAAACUGGAAUUAAAAACAUCAACAAUGAAUUGGCUGGAGCGGUGAAACGAUUGACCCCGUUUACAAGCGAUAGCUCCUUGCUAUUACUGCAAGAUUCCAUUUCCGAGUCCUUCACACGAACCUAUUACGCUCUGCUCAAUCGCGAUGAAUCGGACGUGUACACGAUCAAGCAAACGUUCCAAACGUUACGGUACAAAAUGUCCGAUUUGCUCCGAUCAACCUCGCAACAGCUCUUUUCCGACAUUCAAACUACGACAGAAUCGUUAGCAUCGAUGAUUCUAACCCGAUCUGCCGCAUCAGAACGAUGCACGCCCCUGCUGAGCCCGAGAAUCCUCGGAACAUUCGGACCCAUGCACGGUGAUCUCGUGAAUUGCAUCAACCGAGAACGAGGUCGCCUUUCACGGAUUACCGAUUCGGUGGACAAGGUGAUGCAACUGUUGCAGGUUACCGCCGCAGACUUUUCGUCCGACAUCGGAAGCUGCUCGAGAUUUGGAGCUUUUGCUACCGAUCGAGCAGAGUUUGUCAGAGCCAAGGGUUGUCUGGAGACGAACGUCCAAGAGAUGUACCGUUACGAUCAGGUGAUCAACUCCAUACUUACGCUGCUGCAACCCAGCGUCGAGAAGGAAGCUGACGCCAGCCGGUUCCGACUGCAUCUGUGCGUGACCCAGAGAACGGAUGAGCUGCGAUCGUUGAUGGAAGAUACCCGCCAGGCAGUGGGCACGUGCGUGGAUACCGCUGCGUAGAUAGUCUUGCUACCGAAAGAUUAUGAUCGUCAAAUAAACGUGGCUCCAAUAAAAAUAGAUUCAUGACUUUAAGAACCCGUUAC